AAUCAGGGUGGUAGGGUGAUCAGAUGGCUCCCCACUAGGUCGUGGGGGCUAAAUAUUCCCUUUCCUGCUCGCCUCCCAGAAAGCUGGCUCUCCAGUCGGCCCAGGAGACUCCAGGAGAGUUGAGCUUUGAGUGGGUGGGUUUUGUGGGAGUAGCGAGAAAUCCUGCCUUUUGAGCAUCUCAACUAGACCUCGGGGUUGGAGGUCAAGAGCGGGUUCCUUCCCUGUGUCUGUGUUUCUGUACGUCUGUCUUUGUAUUGACAGAAUGAAGCUGAACAAAAAAGGACAACUUCAGAAAAAGCCAGCCUGUGGGGCAGGGCGCCUCCUUAGCCCCAUUUCCAGCGGGGCUGCACAGACGCCCCCAGCCCCAGGUCCUCCGCCUGGCCCGCCACGCCGCUAGGGUGUACCUCGCCCUGAAUGCCCUUCUGGGCAGCAGCUAGCCUAGGAUUCUAGACCCUAAAUCUUCUGGGAGCAGCCGGCGAACCGGAAGGACAAGUUCAUUAGCGCCUCCCAGUUUGGUUCCACCAGCAGCAGCUGCAGGGGCGGUAGCACCACCAUCCUCCCGCGCGCCCCGCAAACCGACGCGCCUCGAAGCGUCUCUAGGCUUCCCGGGGGACUUCCGCAUCGCUCUUGUUGGUCCCGUCGCAGCCCGCCGUCCUGUCACUUCCCGCCGGCCGUCUUCGUGCGGAAACCCGGCCGUUCGCGCGCUCGGGAGCGCGCGGAAAGGGCCGCCGUCCCCGCGCAGCCCCGCAGCCCCGCGCCCCCGCUGGAUCGCGAACCCCGGAGGAGAUUCGGCGGCCGCGGGUCCGAAGGCCGCCGCCCGCCGCCCGCAGGCGUCUCAUCCGGGACAGAGGGGCGGCAUGGAGGCCGAGGACUUCCAGGAGGAGCUGACCUGCGCCAUCUGCCUGGACUAUUUCGCGGACCCGGUGUCCAUCGAGUGCGGCCACAACUUCUGCCGCGGCUGCCUGUGCCGCACUUGGGCGCCGGGCGGCAGCCCCGUCCGCUGCCCCGAGUGUCGGCGGCCGUCGGCGCCCGCCUCGAUGAGGCCCAACUGGGCCCUGGCCCGGCUGACCGAGAGGAUGCGGCGCCGGCGCCUGGGCCCCGUGCCCGCGGGCCUGUGCGGCCGCCACUGGGAGCCGCUGCGGCUUUUCUGCGAGGAUGAUCAGCGGCUCGUGUGCUUGGUGUGCAGGGAGUCGCAGGAGCACCAGGCCCACACCAUGGCCCCAGCCGACGAGGCCUGCAAGAGCUACCGGGAGAAACUUCUGAAGACUCAGUCUAGUCUGACAGCCAAGAUGAAGAAAGUCAUACAUUUUCAGGACAUGGAAGUGAAGAAUGCUGCAGAGUGGAAGGAGAAGAUGAAGAAUCAGCGGAUGAGAGUCAUCGCAGAGUUUGCAAAGCUGCACGUCCUCCUGACUGAAGAAGAGCAAUUGUUUCUUCAGGGACUGAGGCAGGAAGAAGAGGAGACAAAGAAAAGGCAAAGUGAGAACAUAUCUAGGCUCAACCAAAUGAUCACUUCUUUGAAGAAGCUCAUCCUGGAGGUGAAGGAGAAGAGCCAGAGCUCCACCCUGGAGCUGCUCCAGAAUCCAGCAGAGGUGUUGACCAGGUGUGAGAAUCAGGACGUGAGCUAUUCCUCUGAAGACCUCACGGUGAAGACUGUGUGCCGGCUUCCGAUGAUGAAGGAGAUGCUGAAGCGAUUCCAAGUGGCUGUAACUCUGGCUGAGGACACCGCUCAUUCCAAACUUGUCUUCUCCCAGGAAGGGAGAUACGUGAAAAACGGGGCAUCAGCCAGUUCUUGGCCACUGUUUUUUACAGCAUGGAGCUACGCCACCGGAUGGAGGAAUCCGCAGAGGACCACAGGCUUUGUGGAGCGAUUUCAGCACUUACCCUGCGUUUUGGGGAAAAAUGUUUUCACUUCAGGGAGACAUUACUGGGAAGUUGAGAACCGAGGCAGCCUGGAGGUGGCGGCGGGGGUGUGUCGGGAGGACAUCAUGGGGACCCCUGGUGGCUCCACAAUGUGCCCCAAGGCGGGAAUCUGGGCUGUUUGCUGGAGUUCUGCUGGCUGCCGGCCCCUGUCAGGCACCUCCGUGAGUCCUAGCAAGCGAGAGCCAGCUCUCCAGCGGGUGGGAGUUUUCCUGGAUCACGGGGCUGGGGAGGUCUCCUUCUACAACGCCGUGGAUGGGGAGCACCUGCACACGUUCCCCUGCUCGUCCAGCUCGCACCUCCGGCCGUUUUUCUGGUUGAGUCCAUUAGCAUCUGUAGUCAUCCCCCCAGUGACUGGUGGGAAAUGAGGUGAUUCUCUUCGCCUUGUACCCCAGGCUGGGGACACUCAUUGCUUGGCCCUCAUCUUUGACUUCACGCGUUUCCAUCCUGGGUGGUUCAUUCAGAUGGCAGCCUCAUGUUCUGUUCAGCCCCUGCAUGUCCUGUGUGUAGGCAGAUGUGGAAGACCCCGUGGGGUACCUUUCCGGUAGCCGCUUUGAGCACUUUUCCCUCCCUCUCUUCUGCUUCUUCCUAAUUGAACUGUUCGGGAUGUGCACUCCAAGUGCUCCAGGAGAGGCAGGCCCAUGGGAGGGAAUCCUGGCCAGUGAGGUCGGGUGAGAAAUCCCCCAGGGUGCUUCUGGGGAAAGUUCUUUAGCUUUUAGAAAGAGAUGUUUGGGAAGACAUAGCUCAUCCGGCAUCAGCAGCUGUACUGGAGUAAGAGGAGCAUGGUAACCGUGGACUUGGAAGGAGAAAUGUGGUCUUUGUUGGCUUCAUGAAGCAGCUGGAAUCUCCCGAAUCCUGAAUUUCUUGUUAUAUGGGACUGUUGCUCCUUGUGUGAGGCAGUUUCAGUUGCGUUUUGGUCAUUUGCAGGCUGACGUGUCCUAACCAGUGCUUACAUAGCGAGGAUAUCCCACAGUGUAGGUUUAUCUCACUUUUUUGCCAAAAUUUGAUAGAUUUAUAGACUCUCUUUCUGUUCAGUCAUGUACUUCCUUUUCUUUCCAGUAAGUGCCGGUAUCUCGCCUUCUCCUGGAUUGGAAAACUGAGGCAGCUUGCCCCUCCUCUGCCUGGGCUGUCUCUUCACCCAGCCAUGUCUCUGCCUCCAAGCGUUCACUGUGCUUUCCCUUUGUCAGAUUCGUAUACUGUGUGCACAAGGUUGUUAACAUCAUCUGGCAAAUGUUGGGAAACACUUGUUAAGUAUUUGCGCUGGGCUAACCUCACUCCAGUACUCUUGCCUGGAAAAUCCCAUGGACGGAGGAGCCUGGUGGGCUGCAGUCCAUGGGGUCGCGACUGAGCCACUUCACUUUCUCUUUCAUGCAUUGGAGAAGGAAAUGGCAACCCACGCCAGUGUUCUUGCCUGGAGAAUCGCUGGGACGGUGGAGCCUGGUGCGCUGUCUUCUACAGGGUUGCACAGAGUCGGACACGACUGAAGCGACAUAGCAGCCCAGCAGCAGCCUUUUCACGUAAUGCCCCCAUGUGACUUUCACAGCAGAGAUGGAAAAUUAAAAGUACUGCUAAUAACCACUGCUAUUAA